GUGUUUGUAAUAGAGUGAAAAAGCGAGGUUAGGAUUGCUGAUGCAAUCCUCGAGUUCUUCACCGAGUUUUAACUCGAGUAUACUUCUUGGCAUUCUUAUUUACGUUUUUGUGUUCCUAAAUUGUUUUGUUUUGGUCGUAUCACUCCCGCCCAACUAAUGUACAGGGAGUGGGUACCAUUAAUCAAGAAGAAGAAUCGAAUGUAGCGACCCGGAGUCGACCUAUGCAGGCCUAUGCUCUCACGUGUCCGCGUGCGUGUUCGUAGCCGCCAAAGAUGAUAGCACUUACGUGUUUUAGGUUACCAAAGUACCGUAGAUCGGUGUUUUUGACGUUUAAAAAUUUACGUAAAAAUGGAAAUGUGUGUUACGUCAGGUUUAGCAGUGCAAGUGACAAGAAUGUCGGUACAGAAACUGUCACGUUGUCUGAUGGCAAGCAUCUCCACUUCUCUACAGGCAGGUAUGCACGUUUCGCUGAUGGUUGCGCAGUUGCAUCUUUGGGAGACACUUCUGUCAUGGUUACGGCAGUCUGUCAGCGUCAGUCUUCCACCUCCUCGUUCCUGCCACUCGUCGUGGACUACAGGCAGAAGGCGGCGGCGGCUGGUCGCAUACCGACCAACUUCCUGCGAAGGGAACUUGGCCCAAGCGAGCACGAGAUCCUUACCAGCAGGGUCAUUGAUCGAUCCAUAAGACCAUUGUUCCCAGAAGGGUUCUACUUCAACACUCAGAUAAUGUGCAACAUGCUGGCCAUCGACGGUAUGAACGACCCCGACGUGAUCGCCAUUAACGGCGCCUCCGCGGCUCUCAGCGUUUCUGACAUUCCGUGGAAUGGCCCUGUGGGCGCCGUCAGACUCGGUAUGAUUGACAAUGAGAUAAUAGUCAAUCCUACCAGACGUCAAAUUCAGGACAGUAUAUUGAAUCUUAUUAUCACCGCGGCCAAACAAAAUCUAAUUAUCAUGCUGGAAGGUUCAGCCAAUGAGAUACUGGAGCAACAGUUGAGAAAGGCGAUAAAGCUCGGUGUCAAGGAGUGCCAGAGUAUCGUGGCAGCAAUAACAAAUUUGCAGAAGACGUGCGGCAAAACGAAAAGAGUACUCGAAACUAGCGAGCAACAACAGGACGAUAGUUUGAAUAGUUCCGUGAGAGAACUCUCUGAAGCAAAGCUGCAGGACAUAUUUUCGAAUCAUACGCAUGAUAAAAUAUCGAGAGAUAACGCAGUUAACGAUCUCAGAAAUAAUGUUAUCGAGAUAUUGCGAAACGAUAACGCAGAUUUGGAUGUUAAACUGGCGGAAAGUAUCUUUGGGAAAGUUGUUAAAGACGUAUUCAGGACGUUGAUUUUAGAGAAGGGAGUCAGAUGCGAUGGUCGUCCAAUGGAUGGCAUACGCGACAUAUCGUGCCAAGUAGACCUUUUCAACCCUCUUCAUGGUUCGGCUUUAUUUCAAAGGGGUCAGACCCAGGUCAUGUGCGCCGUUACUUUGGACUCUUUGCAAAGUGCACUUAAAAUGGACACCAUUUCAAUGUUGAUUAGCGGCAUGAAGGAGAAGAACUUCUUUCUUCACUACGAAUUUCCACCUUAUGCAACUAACGAAACGGGACACGCGAGUCGAGCGGGUCGCCGAGAAUUGGGACAUGGCGCUUUGGCGGAGAAAGCCUUGCGGCCGGUACUUCCAAAGGAUUAUCCGUUCACUAUAAGACUGACUAGUGAAGUUCUAGAAUCAAAUGGUUCCUCCUCAAUGGCUACCGUCUGCGGUGGAAGUUUGGCACUGCUUGAUGCAGGUAUACCAAUAUCUUCGCCUACGGCUGGCGUGGCUAUUGGCCUUGUGACUAAAUGUAAUGAGACCAAUACAAAUAUUGAGAACUACAAGAUACUGACCGAUAUAUUGGGAAUUGAGGAUUACCUUGGGGACAUGGAUUUCAAAAUAGCAGGUACCAAGCGAGGAUUCACUGCGCUGCAGGCCGAUAUAAAGAUAUCAGGAGUUCCUUUAAAAAUUAUAAUGGAGUGCAUACAGCAAGCAACAAAUGCUAAAUUGCAAAUAAUUAAGACUAUGAACACGGUAAUACGGGAACCGCGACAAACAAGGAAGGACAAGAUGCCGGUGGUCGAUAACUUAGAAGUUCCUAUUCAUCAAAGAGGAAAGUUUCUUGGAAUUGGUGGAAUGAACCUGAAGAAAAUACUUUUGGAAACCGGAGUGCACAUAUAUCCACACGAUGAGAACACCUACUCGAUAUUUGCGCCCAACGAAGACGCGAUGACCGAGGCCAAAGAAAUGAUAGAGAACGUUUUGCAAAAGGAUCGUGAGCCGAUUUUGGAGUUUGGCGCCAUUUAUACUGCGAAAAUAGUGGAGAUUCGGGAAACCGGGGUCAUGGUGACGUUAUAUAACAACAUGAUACCGACAUUACUACCCAAUUCUCAAUUAGAUCAGCGUAAAAUCUUGCAUCCUAGCGCUCUAUCACUUGAAGUCGGUCAAGACAUACAAGUCAAAUAUUUCGGACGAGAUCCAGUGUCCGGACAGAUAAGGAUAUCGCGAAAGGUACUGCAAAAACCGACUUUGACUCCGAAAACUUUGCAUCGCGAUGACGCGACGGAAAAAACGUGAAAUUUACGUUGUAUAGAAUUAAGCUUUAAACCAAUACGUUUAUGACACAUGCACACAUACAUAUUGUUAUCCUUACGUGGAAAAAUAGCUCUGUACAUUUUCCGUCAUUUUGUUGAAAAAUGGUAAUUGUUUCAUAUGUAGCAGAUUCCGGCUGUAUAUACUUGUCUUGUAUUUUUGUACGAUAUUGUUAUUAAGAAUAGAAAUAUAAAAGCAUUGUGAUCAAAUAUU